AUGACGCAAUCGUUGGGAGGCGCCGCGGUCGUCAACUUCGGUCUGCAGCUCGUCGGCUGGGCCUUCGCGUCCGCGCUCAAGACAGAGAAGUUUUACGACCUCUUCGGCAGCCUCGCGUUCGCGUCCACGGCGGCGAUGACGUUCGCAUCGUCGUCGCACCACCCGCGUCAGACGAUGGUGACGUCCAUGGUCUGCGCGUGGACGAUACGUCUGGGCGUCUUCCUCGUGCGAAGGGUCCUCCGCGACGGCGGCGACUCGCGAUUCGACGAGGUGAAGCACGACCCGGCGACGUAUUUCGUGUACUGGAUGAUGCAAGGCGCGUGGGUGUUCGUCACCGCGCUGCCGUGCUACCUCAUCAACGGCGUCGCGAGUCAGCGAGCGCUGCACGCGGGGGAUUACGUGUCCCUGAUCGUGUGGUUCUUGGGGAUCGCCACGGAGACGGUCGCGGACGUGCAAAAACAGAUUUUCAAGAGAGACCCGGCGAACAGAGGGCGGUUCAUCGACAGCGGGCUGUGGAGCCUCUCGAGGCAUCCGAACUACUUCGGCGAGAUCGUGACGUGGUGGGGCGUCUGCGGCGUCGCGCUGAGCAUGAAUGCGACGCCGGCGACGUCCGCGUGCUCGCUGUUAUCGCCGAUAUUCGUGACGUUACUCAUCACGAAAGUCUCCGGCGUGCCUCUGUUGGAGAAGUCCGCGGACGAGCGGUGGGGCUCCGAGGCGGGGUACCAGGCGUACAAGCGGAACACGCCGUGCUUGAUCCCGAAGCUCCCGGGGACGGGGAACCGAGCGGACUGA